GCGGGUUGGUUUCCAUGUUACCCGGGAAGAAGGGCGUGAUUUACUAUUUAAACCGCUCACCUCCCACACGGAUUACAGAAGUUCCCUAAACGCCUUGCCGUGCAAGACUCAGACGAGGACAUUCUCAGCCAACUGCCAACAUGAGCGACAACAACCCCGUCACCCAGGAGGUGCAGACCUUCGACAAGAAGUGUCUAAAAAAGACCAACACAGCGGAGAAGAACAGUCUCCCAACCAAGGAAGAUAUCGAGGCGGAGAAGAAGGCAGCAGCGGAGUCCAAAUGAACCAGUGACGCCUCCCCUGGACCAGUCUCCCUUUACCCAGCUCCUGCUUACCCUGGACCAGUCUCCCUUUACCCAGCUCCUGCUUACCCUGGACCAGUCUCCCUUUACCCAGCUCCUGCUUACCCUGGACCAGUCUCCCAUUACCCAGCUCCUGCUUCCCCUGGACCAGUCUCCCUUUACCCAGCUCCUGCUUACCCUGGACCAGUCUCCCUUUACCCAGCUCCCGUCUCUGCUUCCAGUUAACAGAUACCUGCUUGUGCACCAUGUCCACUUCCUUGCUGUGUCUGCAUCCUUAAUCAUUUGAGGCAGUUUAAUUUGGGUAGGAACCACAUGACAACAUGAGGUGGGCUAGGUCCAAAGUCAGCCAUGUAUAAUGCAGCUAUUAUGGUAAAAUAAAAUAUACAGAAUCAUUUUUAUGUGAAUGAAUGUGUUUGUGUGUAUUCUUCAAAAGAAAGGAUGAAACAUAUCCAUUGUGGGAGUGGUCAAAUUGGCAAAUCCAGCCAAUUAAGCACAAACAAAGCACAUCCUCCUGUCCAACCAGUUUGACCGGUUCAGCGUGACCACUCCCUCUCAGCAAGUCCUCUGUAUUUGGUGCCAUUCUGGAUGAGUUGCUCUAAAUACCAUGUGAAAUGAUAUUUUUGUUUUAAUAAAAUAAUAAAGAAUGUUUUAAAUUGAA